AUAUUAGCAGACACUCUUCGGAUGCCAAGUUUUGACAGGCUAUGUUGAUACUUUUAUUUGUGAUUUCUCAGUCUAACUUUUGUCAAUUUAUCUCCGUGACUGUUCGCUGCCUGAGUGACAGCCCUGAAAACCAAUGACAAGAUUUGAAACUCUGUGUAUACCGCCGUCGCCAAGGUUACAGACCGACAUUCCAAAGAGCUGGAAAUCGGGGGGCGGGACUAUAGUUUAAGCAUGGGUGGAUGCACUUUUCAACAGCAAGUUACGGCAAGAGAAGUUUUUGUAAUUAAACUCUCUCAUUAAUUGAUUGAAAAACGCACACGUUUCUUAGUGCAACAUAACAAACGCAUGGCUGUCAAUCUGCAACCAUUACCCAACCAGUGCUAACUUUGGUAACAUGCUCAGCUAACUAAGCUAACGAUAACUUGCCUUGGAACUGGAGGAGCAAAUGACACCAGAAUGGGAGAGCUAGCAAGGCUGUGCCAGAACUGAGGCCAAACUCUCACCUCUCUGCUACAUUCAGAGCUGCCGCUUGUUUCUUUCAUAGCAGCUGUUUGACAAGAAGAUCGACAUUGGAUAUGCCUUGUGUUCCUGCUUCAGCAGAGUCUUGUGAUGUAUAGAGACUAAUUGAAACAUUCUGAAUCAAUGGACAAGAGAAAGUUCCCAGGCACAAUGUUCAGGCAGUGUUCAGAUGCGUCAUCCAAGAAACGUGUUGGAAGUGGCCUUAACUUGCCCCAGCCUCCCCCACUCUCCUCCUCCAUCCAGCAAGGUCGUAUCCGCGCUGUGGAGGUGGCAAGAGGGAGAACAGGGUAUGGCUUUACACUGACAGGCCAAAGCCCUUGUGUGCUCAGCUGUAUCCUUAAAGGGAGCCCUGCAGAUUAUGUAGGGUUGCGUUCAGGCGACUACAUCCUCUCCGUCAAUGACAUCAACGUCUCCAAGGCGUCGCAUGAAGAUGUGGUCAAACUGGUUGGACGCUGUUCUGGUGUUUUGAAAUUAGUCAUCGCUGAGGGAGAGCGUCACAGGCGGCACCACCAACGGACCACUGGCAGUCAUCACCAUAGCAGCAACACAAUGGCAGCAUCUUACCUGGAUUCAUGUUCUAGCGAUGAUGAGUUGGAUGGUUUUUAUGACAAUAGUGUUAACAACAACAAUAACAGCAAGUCAGGCAGUGGUGCUCGUGGUGGUUGGUACAAACCCAAACUGGAUUCUAAGCAGCUGGGCAUCAACAGGGCAGAGAAGGUGGUGGCGGAGCUGCAGUCUGGAGGAAUAUUUAACAUGAUCUUUGAGAACUCCAGCCACUCCUCUAGCAGCUCAGACAAGGACAGGCCUAGGGUUAAGUCGUCAUCAAAACCGCGUCCACUGUCUGACCCAGAGUUCCCUCCAUACCGCUACUCCUCCCGUUCCCAGAGCAAUCCCAACUUACUUUCUGAAGAGGAGAUGGCCCAAGUUCUAAAUGAUGAUUCAGUCUUCUUGGACUCAGACUUCCGCCAUCUCCACCUUCACCACCAUGAAGAGCAAGACGUGGAUGUAGGAGAUGGGGGCGACUUGGGCUUAGAGCCUGGCGAGGGUGUGCUCAAUGUGGGCAUGAUUGUUGGGUAUCUGGGUUCUAUUGAGCUGGCCUCCACAGGGACGAGCUUAGAGAGUGACAGCCUACAAGCCAUCAGAGGCAGCAUAAGGCGCCUCAGAGCCGAGCAAAAGAUUCACUCACUGGUCCUUAUGAAGGUCAUGCAUGACAGUGUGCGUCUCUGCAACGACAGAGGUCAGGUCCUGGCCACUUAUCCUGCAGAAAAACUAGCCUUUAGCGCUUGUUGUCCUGAUGACCGGCGAUUCUUCGGACUGGUCACGAUGCAGGCCACGGACGACCAUAACGAUCGUUACUUCAGCAACGGACGAGAUGAAGAUGGUGGCCUGAGGACUUCCUGUCAUGUGUUCCUUGUGGACCCAGACCUCUGCCACCACCAGGUCCAUUUCGCUGUAGCCAGGAGGUUUGGCUUUGAGUGCACCCCUGACCCAGACACAGGAGGCUGCCUGGAAUUCCCACCCAGUUCUCAGCCUCUUCUCCAGUUUGUCUCCAUCCUCUACCGGGACAUGGGGGACAACAUUGAGGGGGUCCGGGCCCGAGCCUUCCAUGACCAAGACAACGAUGCCCAGCAGAACCACAGCACCAGCAGCAACAGUGAUAGCGGGAUCUGCAACUUUUUACCAGAAGAGAAGAGCAACAGAGUGCUUCUAGUAGACCUCGGAGCUCCUCCCAGUCACAACCACACCUCUGGACCACGUCACUGGGACAGCCCGCCUUCUUCUCAGCAGGCCUGGAGCCCCACCCUAGGAGCUGCAGCCUCUCACCCACCUCCUUCAGCUCUGAGAAAUGGCCACUACCGUCAUGAUCCACACCUGGCUGACCUCCCUCACGCUCUCCCCUCAGUUCACCCCGAUGUGCCAGGCAGGCACUCACGAGGGGUCCACCCUCAUCACUACUCACCAGGGAAGCGAGGAGGGGCUGUGGGGGGAGGAGAAAAGAGAGGGGCUGGAGGAGUAGGAGUAGGAGUAGGGGUGGAGUCGCAGAGGUGGCUUCCAGUCCAUGUGCUGAGAGACUGGCGUCAGCAGCACCACCACAGCCACCUCCACGGCCUGAGCAGCGAUCAGGAGUCCUACACUGAAUCCACGGACGGAUGGUCAUCAGCCAACUGUAGCACCCUUCCCCCACCCAUGAAUAAGAUACCGGCUGACCGCUACCGGGCCCCACUGGCCCCCGGAGACCACCUGCCACCACCUGGAGGGAGUCAGCCUCCUCCUCCAUCACAUCCCCAUUCCCACACCCACCGGCUGGCUGUUCAGAAAGACGAGUGGGCCAAGAAGCUGUUUGGUACCGGGGAAAGGGAGAGAGCUGGGGCAGAGAGAAGUCAACGAGACAAGAAACGAGGACGUGCCAAGGAGGGAGAGAAAAGGGGUGGUCGGUUCCAUGGUCUGACCAUGGGCUUCCCUCCUCUCCCCCAACGCUCCUCAGCCAGACGCUCCUUUGGACGUUCCAAACGUCUCAGCCUGGCCCGCUCCCUGGACGACCUGGAGUCUGCUGCAGUCUCCGAUGGAGAACUGAACAGUGCGGAGCUGCAGGGCUGCAGCAGUGACAACAGUCUGAACAGUAAUGCCAGCCUGCCCAGCGUCCAGAGCCAUCGGCGCCACACUGAGAGGAGAGUGGCCAGCUGGGCUGUCUGCUUCGAGAGACUGCUGCAGGACCCUGUGGGAGUCCGCUACUUUUCGGAGUUCCUAAAGAAAGAGUUCAGUGAGGAGAACAUCCUGUUCUGGCAGGCUUGUGAGUUCUUCAGUCACGUUCCUGAAAAUGACAAGAAGCAGCUAUCUCAGCGUGCCAGGGAGAUCUACAACAGCUUCCUGUCCAGUAAAGCCACAACGCCAGUCAACAUAGAUAGUCAAGCUCAGCUUGCUGACGACAUCCUCAAUGCCCCCCGGCCUGACAUGUUCAAGGUGCAGCAACUGCAGAUCUUCAACUUGAUGAAGUUUGACAGCUACACACGGUUCCUCAAGUCUCUGCUGUAUCAGGAGUGUAUGCUAGCAGAGGUGGAGGGCAGGCCCCUGCCUGACCCUCACCACGUCCCCAGCAGCCCCACCUCCAAACACAGCACCACUGGCUCUGACCGCUCCAACCUGUCCACACCCAAGAAGGAGGACAAAAAGAGCAAAUCCGGACGAUCUCUGAACGAGGACAGUCGGGACGACUCUGGAGACCGAAGGAAAGGCAUGUUCUUCUCCUGGUCCCGCAACAGGAGCUUCGGAAAAGGCCCAAAGAAACGAGAGCUGGCUGACUUUAACUACAAUUUCACUGGCAGCAACGGUCGCCGUGAGUCCCAGGGUUCACUGUCUUCAGGAGCCAGUCUGGAGCUGGGGACAUCAGGGUCAGGGAGGAACGAGGGUGAUGUUUCCCAUGGCUCAGCGUCAACAGAGCGAGGAGGGAGCAGCGCCCCCUUGAGGCAGUGUAACAUAAGCUUGCCGGACGGCUCAUGUUGCUCUGUGCCACUGAGGGCCGGGCUGUCCAUCAGGGAUCUGCUGCUGGGCCUCUGUGAGAGGCUCUGCAUUAACCUGGCAGCUGUUGACCUCUUCCUGGUCGGAGGGGAGAAGCCACUAGUUUUGGACCAAGACUGUAUGACAUUGUGCUCUCGGGACCUCCGACUAGAAAAGCGCACUCUCUUCAGACUCGACUUGGUUCCUAUUAACCGUUCUGUGGGCUUAAAAGCUAAACCCACCAAGCCUGUGACUGAAGUCCUCAGGCCUGUGGUUGCCAAAUAUGGCCUGCACCUCUCUGACUUGGUGGCACACAUCAGUGGGGAGUCAGAGCCUUUAGAUCUAGGUCUUCCUAUUUCCAAUCUGGAUGGGUUGCGAGUGGUGCUGGAUAUAGCAGAACAUAGUCUUGGAAAAGCAGACAAACAGAAAGGAGCUCCCUCUAAGAGUCACGGCCCAGCCUCAGCAAACAGAAACCAGUCAACAACAGGGGAGGACAGGCCAUCAGGGAAAACCGGUCCAGCCCACCCCCAUGGGGAAAACGGGAAGGCUGGGCCCAGCCCUGACACAAGCAGCCAGCCCUUACCCAACCACUCUGUCUCUCUCCAUAAGGCUCCAGAGAAGAGAAAGCAGAAAAAGAUUAAUAUAGCUGAAGCUGAAGAGUUCUUCGACCUCAUAUACAAAGCUCAGAGCAACCGAGCAGACGACCAGCGAGGCCUGCUAAACAAAAGCAACCUGCAGCUCCCAGACUUUCUACGCCUGUCGCCAGUGGCAACCGACCAGGCUGCGCUUCUUCCAUACGACACUCAGCAUAGUUGCUCCACCCCCAAUUCCUUUAACCCCAGUGACGGCAGCGGUCGCCGGGGCAAUAAGGCGAACAGCACCGACAGGGGAGGAGGCAGCUACUUGCUCAGCGCGAGUCAUCAGUCCCAGAGCUUGGACUCUGCGCUUGGCACUGAGAACAGGGGUGGGAGGAGACCCAGAGCACCUCCUCCAUUUCCUGACACCAUCUCCCCCAUCCACCCAUCCCAAGGCGCCCAGCAUGGUCUCCUCCAGGAUCGUGGCAGGGGAGAAUCUGUGCAGAUGCUGGAGGAGGACAGCCUGUCUGAUCUGACUCUAAUAGGAGAGGGGGACAUUAAUAGCCCCAGCCUCAACUACGUCACUCCCUCAGCCCUACCAUGCAAACCCCACCGCCAAGCCCAACAACAUGCACAGGACGGUCAGCCUAGCUCAGGUACUUCCCCCGUGUGAACUCUCUGAAACUUGUGAACUUUCACCUUUUUUCCUUCAGCUGGCUGUGAGCGGGACUGGACUCCCGCUAAAGUCAGUGUGAAGUUCCUCACUGGCCCAGAAUGCAUCCAGAUCUCCUCGCUUCCUUCAUUCAGCUUAGUGGUACAUGACAUUCUGUAGUCUAAAGACAAUCACUGCAACAUUUAAUCCCAGAUUUACAGGUGAAAAUACAGUAACUAACAUAAGGACACAGAAAACUGGGACUUUUAUCACAUACAAUCAAAUAAGGGUUCAUUUAGCCAAACUAAUGUGAUGUGUGCGCCACCUUCAGGCCAGCAUCUGCUGUAAGUCAACAACAGCCGUAUACUAAAAUAGGUCCGGCAUAUGAAGGGAGGAAAAUAGAUGCACUGGGCUCAGACAGAACUUGUCAUUUGGUUGCAUGGUGUGUAUCUGUGAACUUCUGAAUGGACUUGCUGUGGAUUUUUCUUUGGAGACACAAGUUUGAGGAUGAGCUCGGAAUGAGUGAUGCCAGCGCCAACUCCGUCCUCCAGGAACUCCCCACCCGACCUAGUGUACACAGUCUAACAAAUGCACUUUAGCCAAUUACAAACAAGACUUAACACAUCUUUACUUAUUUUUACAAAUCAUUUUCUCUCCCUGCUUUCUUUAACCUCAGAAUGUCUGUUUUGCUGGAGUUGCCAGAGCGGUUUUUGUCGGAUCACGUGUUAAAUACAAAUAUAUGUAUGCUACAGCGCCACGAAUGCACAUGUUUGUUCAGCUGUUCUUUAUCAUCUCGAGCACAGUACACUCUGUUUCCACCACUGUUCUCUUUCCUCAGGCACUUCCUGUGUCUCCUGUGAAAACUAAGACUAUAGCGACUUCACAAGCUCGCAGUCUCACGCUGUGACCAAAUGAAACUUUGGCACCGAGCAGACAUGAUCAGUUUUCUUUUUACCAUCUUUGUUUUACUACUCUACACUACAUCACAGAGCUGCAUCUGUUUUGUUUGUUUUCUUUUCUUUUCUUUUUACAGUGUAGCAAUUCAGCAGUGUUCCUAAGUGUCUGUCCCUGUGGGGUCUUAGCUGGAAAAAUUGGACUAUGAAGUCAAAUCGUUUCAAUUUUUAAAGGGUUUUAUUGUUACUUAAUCCUGGACUAUAUUCUCAAGAAAACCUUAAUUUAUCUCACAUGCUUUUCAUUUUAACAUCAGUUAAAAGUAUUAAUUUGUAUAUACUCCACCGUUUGAAACCACCAUAUUGCUGUAGCCAUUGUUGAAUUGCAGUGCAUCCACGCUGUUUCUUCACUUGUCACAAUAGAAAUCACUUCUCUGUUCUGUUCAGUUGACUGUAUUGUCUGUACAUAGAAAAAUAAAUGUUUUAGAGGUUGA